ACCGUCAUACGUUGCAUAUUUCUAUACCUCAUGUCAUCUACGGGCCUCAACUACGUUUCGCCAGCAGCAGCGGCCACUGUCUUUCCUCAUCGCUCGUGUCUGGGUUUGGCUCGUGCGAACAUAGUAGUAGGGGCAGCGAGGUCGAGGACGAAGAGAGCGUUUGAGCUGAGAGCGGUGGCGGAGACGACGGGGAUGGAGGCAGUGGAGCUAAAGAAGGGCAUAGCCGAGUUCUACGACGAGUCGUCUGAGGUCUGGGAGGAUCUCUGGGGUGACCACAUGCACCACGGCUUCUACGACCCCAAGGCCGAUGACGUUUCGGUCUCCGACCACCGCGCCGCCCAGAUACGGAUGAUCGAGGAGGUGCUCCGAUUCGCCGGUAUUUCUGAGAAGAAGCCAAUAGGGGAAGAUAAGAAAGUGGUGGAUGUGGGGUGUGGGAUAGGAGGAAGCUCCAGAUAUCUGGCUAGUAAAUAUGGAGCCAAUUGCAGAGGGAUAACUCUGAGUCCUGUGCAGGCUCAAAGGGCCAAUGCCCUUGCUGCUGCUCAAGGCCUGGCCAAUAAGGCAUCCUUUCAAGUUGCUGAUGCUCUAGCACAACCAUUUCCUGAUGGCCAAUUUGAUCUGGUGUGGUCCAUGGAGAGUGGGGAACACAUGCCUGAUAAAGCAAAGUUUGUUGAUGAGUUGGUUCGAGUUGCUGCCCCCGGAGCAACCAUAAUAAUAGUUACAUGGUGCCACAGGGAUCUUGAUGCUUCUGAACCGUCCUUGAAGCCGGAUGAGAAGAAGCUGCUGGACAAGAUAUGCAACGCUUUCUAUCUUCCAGCUUGGUGUUCUACUGCUGACUACCUCAAGCUACUUGAGUCGUACUCACUUGAGGAUAUCAAGGCUGAUGACUGGUCUAAAUAUGUUGCCCCAUUUUGGCCGGCAGUGAUUCGCUCAGCAUUGACAUUUAAGGGUUUAUUUUCUUUGUUUCGAACAGGAACAAAAACAAUUAAAGGAGCAUUGGCAAUGCCGCUGAUGAUCCAAGGAUUCAAGAAAGAUCUAAUCAAGUUUUCCAUUAUUACAUGCCGAAAACCUGAAUAGAUCUCAGUAUGAUAGGGGCUUCUCCACUAUAUUAAAAUGAAUAAGUGAAGCAUGAGAAUGCCAUUAGUGAUCCAAGGACACACGAAAGGUCCAAGAAUCCGGCUAUUACUUGUAAUGGCAGUGUAGUUUUAGUUUGUUUAUCUUAUAGUCUUGGGGGUUGGCCGGAAACGAAAUGAGUAGAUGCAUGUCUUGUUCAACCCAAUCAUCUGUAAUCAUCAGUCAUCACACAAUUUCUCUCUGUAAGCUCUUGAGAAUUCAGACUUUCAUCCAUAUUUAUACCUGAUUAUGUAGCCAUUAGUACG